AUGCAACCGUCCUUGGUAAAGUACAGCACGCCUAUCUCCAUCGCCAAUGUUGGAGUAAAGAGUGGGAAGAAGGGCCUUCCAUCCCCGAAAGCAGCAGUGGAGGAAGUACCAGGCAUGACCCAGACGGAGGAUAUACUCAACUCGAUAUUGCCUCCUAGGGAAUGGGCGGAUGAGGAUAGGCUCUGGGUUCAAUAUGUAUCGUCCACUCCAGCCACGAGGGUUGACGUUGUGACAUUACAGUUGGAACUGGAUAAGAAGCUGCAGGAGCGUCAGGCCAGAGAGACGGGCAUCUGCCCCGUCCGCGAGGAUCUCUAUGCUCAGGCAUUCGACGAGCUCAUCCGUCAGAUGACCAUCAGUUGUGCCGAGAGGGGUCUGCUGGCCCUGCGUGUUAGGGACGAGGUCCGCAUGACCGUCUCGGCCUACCAGUCGCUCUAUGAGUCCUCCAUUGCAUUCGGCAUUCGAAAAGCCUUGAUGGCGGAGCAGCGUAGGUUCAAUGAAGGAAAGGAGAUGGAGGAGCUCUUGGCCGAGAUCGAGAAACUCGAGGAUGGUGUUAAGGCGGUUGAAGAGAAGAUCACUGACGCUCAGGAGGGAGGGGAAGUGAGGCGUGGUGUAAUCAACAAGAAACACGAAGACGAGGUGGAGCGGUUGCGGAAGGAGAACAGUCAGCUGAAGGAGCAGUUGGAGACCCUUCUGGCUGUGCCGAAGAGCAAGUAG